AUGGCGGGUACUCUUUCCAUGCACGUUCCCGUGGUGGCGGCAGCCGUGCCGGCCGCCGGCCUGCCUCAGCCCGUCGCACACUCCUUAAGGCGCGCCGCACUCGUGCCGCUGCGCGUACGUCGUGCCGCUGCGCGUACGUCAAAGGAGGGCCGCCGGCACACUCGCCGCGCACCCGACCUCACGGAGGACGAACGCGUCGCGCUCACCGAGCGAUACGAAGAGUUUCUCGUGGCGGGCGGCGCACUGGACGUGGAGAUCUUCAACCGCGGCAUGCAGCCGUUGGCGUAUAGCAUAAAGACAAAGAACAUGGGCGGCGUGAUGAGCCGCUACCUGGACGGCAUCUUUUUCCUGUUUAUCUUCGCCGCGCGCUCCGAAGCGCAGGUGAAUCUGCAGCAGCGCCUCAACCGCGACGAUGACGUCAUCCGCUCCACCACCUUCCGCCUCAAGGCGUGA